AUGGUUGAUACUAUAGAAUUAUCAACAGUUGAAGGUGAAAAACAUGACAUAAGUGCUGAUGACACUGUCGGUACGGAAGAAUCAACAGAUAAUAAAAAAGUGAAAGUUGAUCUUCAAGGUUUUGUUAAAAUUUUUGUACGAGGUACUUUAUUUGAAAUGGCCAAAAUGACAAUAAGUCGUUCACAAUUUUUGUUACGAUUUAUCAAUGACCCACCAAAUUCAGAGGAUGGAUGUUAUCAUGUUGAUCGUAAUCCAAAUAUAUUUGUAUGUUUAAUGGAUUAUUUAUCACAAACUCGUGUACCAGAUAUUUUACCAUGCAGUGUUCGGGAUUUAUAUAGUGAAGCAUUAUUCUAUGGUAUUGAUUUACCAGAGCACGAUUGUUGGGGGACAACGUUAUCGUACACUAUGACGAGGAUUAAUAUGUAUGACAUUCGUGGUCAAUUAAAAUCCUUUGCUGAUAGGCACAGCAUUUAUGGUUUUGUUGAAUGGAGACAGCGUAUUUCACUUGUUCUUGAAUUCCAUUGUCAUCGAACAAUCGAUUUAAAUGUUGUUCACGAAUACAUGCUUGAUCAGGCUACAAAACAAAUAUUUAUGAUACAAUCAUACAGUCAAAGAGAUAAUAGACUUCCACCAGCUCCCCUGUUUCAAUGUCCAAAAACAUUUAAACAAGAUAAAAGCUCGAAAUCUCCUCCAAAAAUCCCAUCGUCUUCACCUUCUUCAAGUGAUUCGUGUUCAGAAUCGGCCAAGGAAUUAUUAAAACAAUUAACAGUUGAAGAUGUUAAAACAUGGCUUCAAAAAACAAUGUUUCAUCGUUUAGCUGAAACAUGGUUUAGAAACAACGUGAAUGCAAAUCGAAAUCCAACAAGCCUUUUAGAAACAGAAAAACAAUUAUUAUCCCUCGUUCAAGAUGAACAACGAUCUUUAUCAACAUAUAAUAUGAGAGUUCUAGAAUUAUCUUUCAAUUUAUAUGAUUCUUUCGUUGAAUACAAGUUAAUUGUUAUGAAAAUUUUCGAAUGUCUUUCAGGUUAUUUAAAUCCAUUACAAACUAGGUUUAUUCUCGAUCCUAUACAUGAUAAUGCAUUAAGUAAGGCUGUGAUCGAUGUUUUAAAGGCAUUGACUCACUUUAAAAAAUCUUUUCCAACUGAAACAUUGAAUAUUUUAAUUGAUUUUGCAUCUGAAAAUAAAAAUCAAACAUUAAGAGAUACU